AUGGGUACCAGCAAAUCCGGAAAGGAUUCAGUACCAUUCGUGAAUCAAUUAGUUCAGAAUGAUCCCCAAGAAAUCAAAUCUGCUUUGUUGGAAUGUGACGCUGUUGUGUAUCGAUUGAAAGGUACCAAUAUUGAUGACACUAGAUAUGCCAUUAAAGUGUUGGAGGCAGCUGAAUUUAAUGAUACAAAAACAUUUAUUUUAAUCUCAAGCUACAUGUCUUGGGCAAGCACAAGAAAAAACACAACAGAAGAGGAGGCUCAAGAUGAAGAAGGAGCAGCGACGCAAAAUAAGCAAGUAAGAAAACCAUACGAAGCAUUUACAGAGGAUGCCUAUGUGACAAGAAAACCCCACCCUUCAUUUAAAGGAUUUGUUGAGAUUGAAAAACGAGUAAUGAGAGCCAAAUCAAAAUUCCUCAAGACAUUUGUAUUUUUCAGUGGGCUACUUUACGGAGAAGAGGAAGAUAAAUUACAUCAAUGGUUCAAAUUGGGAUGGAGCUGUGAGGGAGAAGCAUUACCUGUAUUUCUUGACGGCGGAAAUUACAUUCCAUUGAUUCAUGUCAAGGAUUUAGUGUCAAUUAUCCACAAAACAAUUGAAGAACCACCUCAACCAAAGGAUGAAGGUGAUGACUAUCAGCAAUCAUUUUUUGCAUGCGACGAUUCACAACUCACUCAAAAUCAAAUUGUACAAUGUUUAAGUGAGAAAUUUGGAUAUGGAGGAAAAGUGGAGCAUCUAUCAGAAGAGGACUCCUUAAUUUAUGACCACUUUGACUACUUUACCGCAGAUGUAAAGUUUGCAGUUGGAGCAAUUGCUGAAAAGCAAAUUGAGUGGGUUUCAAAAGAAGGACUGAUAGAAAAUAUUGAAAAGGUCAAAAAAGAGUUCGAAACGAAGAGAAAUUUGUCACCCAUGAGAAUUGUAUUACUGGGUCCUCCAGGUGCAGGAAAAAGUCUUCACGCUCAGCACUUGUCCAGAAAAUACAGACUUGAUGUAAUUGACGUUCCCUCUGUCAUUGCCGAUUUCCAAGAGCAUGUGAAAGAAAAAGAACAGUUUUAUCAGAACUUGGUGCAAGAAAAGAAGGACCGAAUUGAAAAAGCCAAGCAAUUAAGAGCUCAAAAGCAGAAGGAAAGAGAGUCCUUAUUAGCGAAUCAACAACCAAAUACAGAGGGAGAAGAAGGGGAGGAAACAGCUCCAACAGAGCAACCACCAGAAGAAGAGGUCCCACUAGAAGAAGAAAAGGAGGAAGAGGAAGAAGGUUCUCCUAUUCAGGUUGCCAAGUACAAUUAUGAAAAAUUGCUUGCCAUCACUCAAUUAAAGGAUGGAGAUAGAUUUUCGAAUAAGGCCAUUACUGACAUGUUCAGAUGGAAACUGAGUCAGCCAAAACACCUGAAUCAUGGAUGGAUUAUGGACGGCUUUCCAAAAACGAUCGAACAAGCAAAACUUCUUUUUACAAAACCAAAAGGAGAGGAUGAGGAGGAAACCAAAGCAGUGGACGAUAAACUUUUUCCAGAUUUUGUGAUAACAUUCAAAGCCAAAGACUCCGUUCUAGAGGAUAGAUUAAUGAACUUAAAGUCUCCAAUUCCUGGACACAACGACGAAACAGGAUUUAGAAGAAGAUUGCAAAGCUUUAAUAAGACUAACGAUAUUAAUGAUCUUAAGAAUUAUUUACUGGGAUACUUUGAAGAAACUGUCACAGACAAAAAACGGCAAUGCAUUUCAAAGGAAAUUAUUCUCGAUGCAGAAAGGCCAGAAAAGGAGGUUUUGAGAGAAAUGACAGAUUUCCUUGGAAAACCACACAAUUAUGGACCUACCCAGAAAGAAAUUGAAGAGAAAGAAAGAAAGAAACAAGCAAGAGAGGAAGAAAGGUUAAUGCUCGAAAAACAAAAGCAAGACGAAGCAGCAGCCUUAAAGAGAAAACAAGCGGACGAGAGAGAGAAAAUUCUCAAAAGCGAUGCUGAGCGAUUAGAAGAAAUUCGACGACAAGAAAAGAUGAUGCUUGAAGUGAAAUCUCAACCUCUCAGGAUGUAUCUAAUGGAAAAUGUCAUUCCAGUAUUAACAAAGGGUCUUAUUGAGGUUUGUCAAAUGCAACCUGAAGAUCCAGUCGAUUAUUUAGCUGAAUGGUUGUUCAGACAAGUGGAGAAUUCUGAAAAGCAAUACUAG